UACUUCACUGAAUUUAAUUAGAUUAUGUCUCGCCGUGAGAGUUUUCUAUCCACCCAUACAACGGCAUCGAAAAUCUCUACAGCACCGGUAACAUUGUGGCAUGGAGCCCAGUAUGCAGCCUCAUCAAAAGAAGUGGAAUUAUUGCGUACCGAAUAUGGUUUAGACACACGCAUGCUGGAAAAGAAAUUGGUGCCGCGCUACAAAUUGUAUCAUAAACCUCAAGUCAGUUGUAAAAAUAAAUUGGUCAAUUCACCAUUGGCUCGCAAGAAAGACACAAACAAAAAGUCACAAUCAUUUUCUUCUUCAACAACAACACCAACCACAUCAUCUACCUCUGCUGGUUCCUCUUCCGAUUGGAUUUUGUGCUAUAACGACACCAAGGAAAACUUUCAUCCCUGGUCUGGUUUGGGUGAAAAUUGUGAAAAACGUUUCGGCCAGUUUGAUUUGGUGCCCUGGCGAAAGUAUCGCUCUAAUUUGGACUUGCAGGCAUUAACCGAUUACAGUCAUCAGUCAGCAGCCCUGCAAAUCAGUUCAAAAUCCCUAACACGUUUAGAAAAACUCGAAUUAAAACAAAAUCGCCGUCAAUUAAAACGGGUCAACUUGAAAGCUUCUCAAGCGCGUUUACGUAGAUUUGUGCGCGUUCGUUUAAUAUUUUCCAUAGAGUUGCGUCACAAAAGAAUGGAACUACUCAAACAGACGGCCUUAAGGCCCCGGGUCUUUGAACAAAAAGUGUCUUUAAAUGAAUGUGAUGUGGCGGAAUACGAACGUAUUCUCUUUAAUGCCCACUCUAGUGUUGAAGAUCAUUUGGGUUACUUUAGUAAACGUGGUCUAGGUGGUGCGGAAACAUCACCAACAUCCUCAAAAAAAUCAGUUCUAAAUUUGAAACCGGUAGAAAAAAUGAAUUUUACUUCUAGUGAAACAGAUUCCUCCUAUGAUUCGCUGAAUGUUCCAACACCUGUGGAAAUGUUGCUUAAAAAUAAUCAAGUGCCAUGUGUUAAAUGUCGCGAUAUUGCCAUAAAAUUAAGAACAACCAAUGAUUACGCGCCACCUCAAUUAAAUGCCAGCAAUCUUCAAAAUUUUAAUCAACACAACAACAGCAGUAGUAAUAAUAGUAGUAACAAUAAUAACAACAGCAGCGGCAGCAAUAAUAAAAGUACUACGAAAAUGCAUUCCCAUCAAUUGGAUACAUAUUCCGAUUCAAUGCACUCGGGCAGUAUUUCUUCGGUGGAAAGGCCCAAUGGAGGCGCAUUAGCGCUGCACUAUGCAGCAGCCAGAGGUUGUUUAGAUUGCGUGCAACUAUUGGUAGCAGCAUCAGCAGAUAUUUGCGCCAAUACGCAAAUGGACAAUGAUGUCACACCAGUCUACUUGGCAGCACAAGAGGGACAUUUGGAGGUACUUAAAUUUUUAGUGCUUGAAGCUGGCGGCUCAUUGUAUGUGCGAGCACGCGAUGGCAUGGCCCCGAUACAUGCCGCUUCACAAAUGGGCUGUUUAGAUUGUGUCAAAUGGAUGGUGCAAGAUCAAGCGGUUGAUCCAAAUUUACGUGAUGGCGAUGGUGCUACUCCACUACAUUUUGCAGCAUCACGUGGUCAUCUGUCUGUGGUGCGGUGGCUGUUGAAUCAUGGAGCUAAAUUAUCACUGGAUAAAUAUGGAAAAUCUCCCAUAAAUGAUGCAGCAGAAAACCAGCAAGUUGAGUGUCUUAAUGUAUUGGUGCAACAUGGAACAUCUGUGGAUUAUAAUGGCAGAGAAAAGAAUGCUACACAAAGACAUGGCAAAUCAACCUCAACAAAUAGGCAACAACAACAGCAGCAGCAGCAACAAACACAACAGCAGCAUCAAAAUGGCAAUAAUGCAGCAAUGGGUCAUCACAACUCUCACAGUAGUUGCAACAAUUCCAUGAGCAGCAAACAGACCAGUCGCAGCAAUACCAUCAAAUCGAAAACAUCAUCAUCAAUGAGCUCAGAUCAGGAACCGUUCUACUUACAUCCGCCAUCAACUGUGGGAGCACGCAGUAAAACCAACGACUCCCUCUAUGCUCCCCAAUCACAACACUCACGAAGCUCUUCGGAAAAGAUUUACAAUGGCUCGCUGGUGCCCAAUAAUGACGGCCUCUAUGUAAAUCCCAUGCGCAUGAAUGGCAUCUAUACGCCACCAUCUCCUAGCGGCAGCAUGUCGGGUGAUUCGUUUUUCCUACACGAUCCCCAGGAAGUGGUGUACAAUCGUGUACGUGAUUUAUUCGAUUCCGAUUCGAGCAGUGUUAAGCAUUCAAAUCCCCACAAACAACAUCAUCAUCCAAAACAGUCCUCCUCCAGCCACUCAACACCCAGUUCUAAUGCAUUAACUAUACAGGCCGAUGUGCAUUCUAGUUCCAGUGGUGCUGGCAGUGGUUCAGAUGAAUCUGUCUCCAUACCCUCCAGCAUGAAUUCACCCAAAGUUCAGCCACAUCGAAAUCACAGUUUUAAUCGUCACACCACAAAUCAUCCACAACCCCAAUUGCCACAGCGAGAUCCCUUGCAGCAGCAACAGCAGAUGGCGCAACUCCACAACAGCAACAACCAGAAUAAAAACUAUAGUCAGUCCCAUAUUUUGAAUAAUAAUAAAACGAAUGCCAAUGCCACAACAAACAGUUCCAGUAAUUUGAUGAUCCAUCAAAAUAAUCAUAAAAACAACAAACACAAUGGGCCGAAUCCAAAAGCCCCCACAACCACAACUACAAAUGCUCACGAUCAUGAUUACGAAGACAUAUAUUUGGUAAGAGAGGAUGCCAGAAAGAAUCAACAGAAAUAUAUGAUUGGUCGUUCUCGUUCGCGAGAUAGCGGUUCACAUUCCAGAUCGGCCAGUGCAUCAUCCACACGAAGUACAGAUGUUGUCUUACAAUACAGUAAUCAUAAUCUUAACAACAAACGUGAUAGUAGUGUACUUAAUCGCAAUAAAUCGCAGUCCAUUAUUGGCUUACAUGGCAAAUAUGAUGCAGCAGUGUCACAGCGUGCAAAGGACAACUACAGUGCAAAGAAUGUAAAUUUAAAGAAUCAACUUAACAGCGGCAUCAAAAGUGACACCUAUGAAAGUGUGUGUCCACCAGAAGAUGUGGUAGAGCGCACCAAGCAGACCAAUAAGAAUUCUGUCAUACGCAAUAAUCUCGAGAACAAUGGAAAUAAUAGUGGCCAACAUUAUGGUAGCAAUACAAAAUUGGCUGCCACAAAUCCCAAUAUGACAGCUGCCAGUGUAAAUAACAGCAAUCAAAAUAUUUACAAUAGCACCAACAGUGUUAACAGUAACACAUCCAGCAAUAUGAAUAACAGCAGCAAUAGCAACAACAGCAUUAAUAAUAACAGCAGCAACAACAACAACAAUAAUAAUCGACAUUUGAAACGAGUUUCCUCAGCACCUCCAAUGCAAAAUACUCAAAUUGUAAAUGGUCCACCACCACCUCCUUUGCCUCCACCACUGCGGGCUCCUUUUAACCAACAGCAACAACAGCAGCAAUCACAGCAACAGCAACAGUAUCAUCAACAACAACAGCACCAAUCACUUAUUUACAAUACCAACAAUCAAAAAAUCAAUAUGAAAUUGGAACAUUCGAAUUCAUUGAAUUCUUGUGAUCGUGGUUCAAACAAUAAUUUGCAUGCCGACACUGGCUUGGAUUCAGAUUCUGGUUUAGAAGUUGUUGAAGAACCAUCUCUUAGGCCAUCUGAGUUGGUGCGUGGUAAUCACAAUCGUACCAUGUCAACUAUAUCAGCGAACAAGAAAGCUAAACUACUCAAUGGAGGCUCAAGCGUGCAACAAGCGACUAACACACAAACAGCAACAAAUGGUGAAAUUAAUAACAACAACAACAGCAGCAACUAUCAACAUUUACAGAACGGUAACAAUGGUAGCAUCUGUAACGGCUUUAACACCAACAACAGCAACAACACAAACACCGCCAACAGUAACUAUGGCAAAAAUCCAGCUCAUUAUCAGCAUUUACAACACAACGGCAGUGGCAUUGUCAGUGGCAACAGUAGUAGCGGCAACGGUCAUUCAAAUUACUCAUCUUCUUCAUCGCAACACCAUCACUACCAACAACUCCAGCAGUUGCAGCAGCAACAACACCAGCACCCACAUAUCUAUGGUUCUUCGGCCGAAGACCACUACGAAUUGACCCAGGCCCAGUACGGUCACAACAGUGCAGCGAAUGCUUCCUCUCGCCCCGGCGGUCCAAAUUUAGUGAACAAACAACUUGUACUGCCAUUUGUGCCACCCAGUUUCCCCAAUAAUUCACAAGAUGGUAUUACACAUCUCAUCAAACCAUCCGAAUAUUUGAAGUCCAUUAGUGAUAAACGUUCAUGUCCAUCCUCGGCUAGGUCUACAGAUACCGAAGACUAUAUGCAAAUACAGGUAUCGAAUCAGCAUCCCAUUAGCUUUGAGCCACCAAAGCCUCCACCACCGCCGCCAUUGCCCAUGACCCCGUUGACACAUCACAAUACAAUCAAUAACAACGAACGGAAUAACACCACAAAAUCACAAAAUCAUCACUCACAGAACAAUCAUCAAGAUACAGCCACACGCAAACAACAUCAACCCCUGUCAGCCAUUUCCAUACAGGAUUUAAAUAGUGUACAGUUGCGCCGCACCGAUACUCAAAAAGUACCCAAACCAUAUCAAAUGCCCGCUAGAAGUCUCAGCAUGCAGUGUCUCUCCUCCACCACAGAUACCUACUUGAAAACUGACCUAAUUGCCGAAUUGAAAAUCUCCAAAGACAUACCGGGCAUCAAGAAAAUGAAGGUGGAAAAACAAAUGGCCAAUCGUAUGGAUUCCGAACAUUAUUCCGAGAUCACAAAACAAUUCACCGCCAACAACUAUGUGGAUCAAAUUUAUUUGCAGAUACCGGAAAAGGAUCAAGCUGGUAAUGUUAUACCAGAUUGGAAACGUCAAAUGAUGGCAAAGAAGGCAGCCGAAAAGGCCAAGAAAGAUUUUGAAGAGCGUAUGGCUAAAGAGGCGGAGAGCCGAAGACUUUCACAGAUACCCCAAUGGAAACGUGAUUUGCUAGCACGCCGUGAGGAGACGGAAAAUAAAUUAAAAGCCACAAUUUACACUCCCAAAGUGGAAGAGAAUAAUCGUGUGGCUGAUACAUGGCGCUUAAAGAAUCGUGCCAUGUCCAUCGAUAACAUUUCCAUGGUUUCCUCUGCUACUGAAAUUAUAUCCAGUCACACUAACAAAGAGAAUGCCAAUGGUUAUGCUCAAAAUGGUGCUUAUAAUGGUCACGAUAGCAAAUCGGUGAAUGGUGACAAUUACCAGCUAAUUAAUAUGGACUUUCAGCAACAACAGCUGCAGCAGCAACAAUAUCAACAAUACCAGCAACAACAGCAGCAACUACAACAGCAGCAACAGCUACAACAGCACCCACAGCAACAGGAUGAAGAUGAACCUGAAAACAUUAUACCAUGGCGUGCUCAAUUAAGAAAAACCAACAGCAGACUGAGUUUAAUUUAAGCCUUAAAAAUAAAUCAUUUCCCAAAUCAUUGUGUCUUAACAUAGAAACAUAGAAAAGAUGCAAUUUCAUUAAGCAUACACUGAAAGAAAACUAAAUGAAAUGAAAUGGAAUUCAUAUUUUGUUUUACUUAAAUGCAUUUUAUUGCUUUCUUUGCAUAUAUAAUUUUGUCUUUAUAUUAAUUUAAAAAGAAAAAAAAUCACAAUUUGUAAUUUAUCUUAAAUAUAUAAUUAAAGAGUGCUUGAUUUUAUUUAUGUUUUUUAAGUUAAUUAUUGUAAAAACUUAUUUAGAUAAUUGCAAUUAUUACAUUUUUUUUUGUUUAUGUAGUUUUAACUUUUUUUAUUUAAAAACAAACCCCUCUUAUAUGGGAUUUUCGGUGCAAUAUUACAUGACUAAAAAAACGUUUUGAAAACAAAUAUUCUACAGAUAUUUUGUAAUGUAACAAAUCAAAUAGUUGUGUAAAGCGUUGAAUACUAAUUAAUAUGAUAUGUACUUUAUGUAUCAAA